GGGGCCCACGGUCACCGCUCCGCUAGCAUACCAUCUCUGGCGCUGCCACAAUCGAUACAACUCCUAUUCUCGCUAAUUCUGCAUUCACAACUCGGCAAAUCUCCCGUAGGGUUUUGGGUUUUGGUGGCCAUGGCGACCGCUAGCAUGACUUGCGCUGUGGCUGCUGGCUCGUCCAGGGGCUAUCGAAGUAUCUCGGAGAGUAUUCAGCUGCGAGGAAGUGAGCUGCGCGUUGCAUUCGUGCCGCGGCAGGGGAAGGCCAUGGCUUCUGUGCGGAAGACUAGAGAGUGCACGGCCAUGGCUGCUGGGAAUGCGAAUGGUGGAGGUCUUACGUACAAGGACGCUGGGGUGGACAUCGACGCGGGCACGGAGCUCGUGCGGCGAAUUGCGAAGAUGACGCCGGGCAUUGGAGGGUUCGGAGGCCUGUACUCCUUUGGGGACUCGUUCCUGGUGGCGGGGACUGAUGGGGUUGGGACCAAGCUAAAACUGGCGUUCGACAUGGACAAGCACGAUACAAUCGGCAUCGACUUGGUGGCAAUGAGCGUAAAUGAUAUUAUCACGAGCGGCGCCACGCCCAUGUUCUUUUUGGAUUACUUUGCUACCAGUCAUUUAGACGUGGACCAAGCGGAGCAGGUGAUCAAGGGAAUUGUGGACGGGUGCAAGCAGUCUGGUUGUGCGCUGCUCGGUGGCGAGACGGCUGAGAUGCCAGGGUUUUACGCCCCUGGGGAGUAUGACUUGAGCGGAUUUGCGGUGGGGAGUGUGAAAAAGGAUGCGUUGAUCGAUGGGAAAAGCAUUGUUGCAGGCGAUAUCCUGCUUGGCCUCCCUUCCAGUGGGGUGCACUCCAAUGGGUUUUCGCUUGCCCGUAAGGUUUUGGCUAAGUCUGGGUCAUCUCUUCACGACGAAUUGCCUGGUGCGGGAAUUUCUAUCGGCGAGGCAUUGCUUGUGCCCACUACCAUCUACGUGAAGCAGGUAUUGGACCUCGUGGCCAAGGGGGGCAUCAAGGGCAUUGCUCAUAUCACUGGUGGCGGAUUCACUGACAACAUCCCUCGGGUAUUCCCCAAGGGUCUUGGUGUGGAGAUCGACGCAGGGUCAUGGGAAGUGCCGCCUAUUUUCAAAUGGUUGCAAGAGCAGGGCGGAGUAGACGAUGCGGAGAUGCGGCGAACAUUCAACAUGGGUAUUGGUAUGGUGUUGAUAGUUAACGAAGCCGUAGCGGAGCGCAUCCUCUCUGAAGCAAACCCUGACGCCAAGGUUUACCGCUUGGGUCACAUUAUCGAGGGCGAAGGCGUCGUCUUCAAGUAGGGCGGGAAGCUAUAAUCAUCACAUUCCAUCGAGGUUAAGCUUCUGACUGUUGGUUUUAUUGAUAGAAUCUUGUAGGAGUAGGUGGGGAGAUGGUGUAGUGCGGAAUUAUGCUCAUACUGCAAUCGGUCAUCGACCGAUUGGAUACAUUCGUCGUUCAUUAUGUGGAGAGAUCCUUGCUGCUCCCUGUUGCGGACAAGUCUGGACAAACGAAAGUCCAGCUCGUCUAACAAAAGCAGCCCUAACACCUCCUGGUUGGAAUACACACAAAGUAUCCACUCCGCACUGCAGUUUGGGUUUCAGAGGAUCGCAAGGAAAAGCAGAAGCUACGAAUGAGGUUCCACCAAACCCAGUGACCCACUUUUAAUGUGGCAUUUUCAACACUUCGUUUUCCGAAUACGUGUGGACAGGGACAUAAAGAUGCUUAGUCAAUCAGGUUAGCUCCAGCUUCGUUAAAAACAAGAGAUAUUGAUCAUUGUGGUCAUACUCGACAGCCGAACCUUUUCAACAUCUCAGUGUACACUUGGACUUAUGAAUGAGAAUCUCUCCGACCAAAGGAUGUCUUCAGA